GCGAGCUAAGAGGGGAGCGAGACUAUUAACAAGGGACGCAGAGAAGGAGUGACUUUGUAGGUGAAAAAAGAGGAGUAACACAACAAAGUGGAACAACUAAGAACAGAACGGGGGAAGAGAGGUCGAAAAAGCAGAGGCCGCUCACUGACAGAAGGGAAAAGAAAGCAGCAGAAGAAGAGUGAGGAGGGAGAAGACCGAGAAGCGGACAGAAGAGAAACAGGGAGAGAGGGGGAGAAACGAGGGAGAGCAGGAGAAGGAGAGCGACUGGGAACGGGAGUUUCCUCAGUCAGAAGGCAAGGAUCCUGGGUCAUAAAACAACGCCCGCCCCGCAGCUGACAACAGCUCACACACACACACACACACACACACACACACACACACACACACACACACACACAGAAAUUUGCACAUCACUCACAUGCUACAAAGUACUCUUACAUUCUAGCAAACACAAUGUGAAACCAUUCCAGUGUGUGCGCACACACACACACACACACACACACACACACACACACACACACACACACACGGACACACACACGGACACUCGAUCAUAAAAAGGAACUAGGCAGGGCAGCAAUGGGCCAGGAGCAUGGAUUCUCCUAUGGACUUGUACAAGCACUUCUCCUGGCUUAAAAAGGUGAACCUGUGUUCCUCAGUCAACAAUGAAACUUAUCAAGAAAGACUGAUCCGCCUGGAGGGAGACAAAGAGUCUCUGGUGCUACAGGUGAGCGUUUUGACAGACCAGGUGGAGGCCCAGGGAGAGAAGAUCAGAGAUCUAGAAAAUUCACUAGAGGAACACCACCAGAAACUAGUCUCCACUGAGGAGAUGCUGCAGCAGGAGCUGUUGAGUAGAACAUCUCUGGAGACUCAAAAGCUGGAUCUGAUGGACGAGGUGUCGUGCCUUAAACUGAGACUGGUCAGCAUGGAAGAGACACGCACCAACACGCACCCUCAGGACACCCCAGACACCAAGCAAAACAAAGCGGAGGACUUAACUCAAGAAGUGAAGCAGCUAAAGAGCAAAGUGGAGGCGCUCGUGGGAGAGAAGAGCCAGUAUGAGAGGAAACUCCGAGCCACUAAGGCAGAGAUCUCAGAGCUUCAGGAGCUCCUGGCCUCCAAAGAUGCAGAGAUAGAAUGUCUACAGAAGCAACUGCAAGCCCAAGGCAGCAUGGCUGCCAACAAUGCAGAGAGCGACCAAGAGUUGCAAAGGCUGAAGACAGGGAUGGAGUCCUUGUUGGCCUCAUGUGAUGAAAAGGAUCGUCACAUAGAGGAGCUGACCAUUCUGCUGGGGCAGUGCAAGAAGAUGAAGGAAGUCAUGGCACUCACACAAGGGAGUAGCGAGGAGGAGCUGAGUGGCAGUCUAAAGCUCAGAGCACUCACACACAAGGCAAACUCUGAUAUCCUCAGAUCAGAGAUGUCAUCAAGGGCAUCUUCACCACUGCUAAUGUCUUCGUCCCCCUUUCAGAGAGAACUAGACUCCAGUGUUCGUAGUGUUCAGAACUCCAUGGAGACAUCGCUGGUUUCCGCUGGAGAUGCAAGUCUCCUUAAUGGAGCAUGGAGUCGGGGUAGGAUGCUGUCCAGUAGCCUUGAAGAGUUGCAGAGUGGAUCCUUGCAAAAGCAUCGUCACAUGGAAGUGAACAAGUACCAGACUCUGCCGGGGAAGCUGAUUAAAGGAGGAGAGCUGCGAGCAGAGCCCAGUGGAGAUGAAGAGAGAAAUGAGGAGUAUUCCUCUCCUGUGCAACUCUCUCCUGUCCACAGCCAUGACAAGGACGACAGUCUGAGGCGUCCAGAGAAGCUGGAGGCGUCGGUAAUGUCUGACCUGUCCUCUGCAGUAGACUCUGGACAGCAGUCCCCCGUCUCACCUGAAAACAGGAAGAGUCACAGGGGCAUUAAAAAACUAUGGGGGAAGAUCCGUCGUAGUCAGUCAGGCAGUCCGGUCCAAUGUGACGAUCCAGACCUGGGAGAGUUCAGAAGGGGAGGCUUCAGAGCCACUGCAGGACCACGUCUGUCCUGCACUGGGAACAUACGCAACUUGAAGACACCCUUCUCUAAGUGGACAGCAGAGCAGGUGUGUGACUGGCUAGAGGAGAUAGGACUUGGCCAGUAUGGACUCCAAGCUCGCCACUGGGUCACCAGCGGUCACAUAUUACUGUCAGCCACCCCGCAAGAGAUUGAGAAGUAUAUUGGUGUGAAGAAUCCCCUCCACAGGAAGAAACUCCAGCUAGCUAUCAAGACAUUUAAUACCAAGCAGGCAGAGAAGUCCACUGAGCUGGAUCACAUCUGGGUGACACGAUGGCUGGAUGACAUCGGUCUGCCCCAGUAUAAAGACCAGUUUAAUGAAGCCAGAGUGGAUGGUCACAUGCUGCAGUACCUCACCGUGAACGAGUUGCUGUUCCUGAAGGUGACCAGCCAGCUGCACCACCUCAGUCUGAAGUGUGCCAUCCACGUGCUGCACGUCAACAAGUUCAACCCCAACUGCCUGAAACGCAGGCCAAGCAAUGAGAACCAAUGUACUCCCAGUGAGGUGGUUCAGUGGUCUAACCAUCGCGUCAUGGAGUGGCUGAGGUCUGUGGACCUGGCAGAGUAUGCUCCUAACCUGAGGGGCAGUGGCGUGCACGGGGGGCUGAUAAUUCUGGAGCCUCGGUUUAACUCAGACACACUAGCCAUGCUGCUGAACAUCCCCCCUCAGAAGACCCUGCUAAGACGCCACCUGGCCACCAACUUCAGCUGCCUGGUGGGAGCACAGGCAAAGCAGGAGAAGCGGGAGUACACGGAGGCCGCUGGCUACACUCCACUCAGCAUCACAGCUAAAGUCCGGCCGAAGAAGCUGGGCUUUUCUAACUUAACCCACCUCAGGAGGAAGCGCUCAGAUGACUCAACAGACUACAUUUGCCCCAUGGAGUCGUCUCUGUCCCCACCGCAGUUGUCCCCGUGCCAGUCUGUGCUGAACGGGCUGCAAACGCGGCCCUACGCCGGCUUCAGGGGUCUGAGCCCCAUCCUGGACAGAGAGGCCGACUAUGCCAGGGAGCAGGUGGGGCUUGACGUCAGCUGAUCAGUCUCCAUGGCAACACCAUGAUGACAGCCAAGAUGACACUGUGACAACACCAUGGCAACUGUGUUGUCACGCUUCCCGUUAGCUGUUACCACUACUACUACUUGUACUACUAGUACUACUACUACUACUACUCUGCUUUCUUUGCUUGCAGCCCAUAAUACCUCUGCUAACCCUGUCAUGGUCCGUUGAACGCGGCGCCUGACCUCGUCCUGCGCCUUAUCAUUUGGGAUCUAUCAGGGGCGAGACUUAAGCUUUCAGGGCUAUUUUGAAGAAAUAGCUGCUCGUCACAAAGGAUUUUAUGGUGUCAUCGUUAAACUAGCAAACCUCAAGUAUUGGAAAAUUAAAUUAAAAAAAAAAACACACACACACACACACACACAUUUUAUGACUUCUAGUUAAGUGCUUAUCUGACCCGGCCUCAAUCCCACGGCCCCUUACCUCUCCGGUCUGUGCCAUGAUCUGACUGAAAAUGACAGAAAAGAGCCUCUCUCUGGAUUUACAUCAUUUUGUGUACCACACUCUUGUAUUACCUAUGUGGACUGAACCACUGUUGUAACCAUUUGCACACCAACAUUACGCCAUGAUUAAUGUGUUUGAGUCCGCUGUGUCUGUCAUUUAAACUUAACCAUUCAUGAAGAUACUGUUCAGUCAGAUGAUUUGAUGAGGUGAUCUUGUGCAAUAUUUGCAAAAUCUUGCAGAGGGAUUUUAUUUAAUAUUUAUGUCAAGUCAAUGAAAUAACAUGGCCAAUGAAAUUACAUGUCAUGUUUGAAGCUGAGAUCAUCAUUUUGUAAUAUUUUCAUAUUUGACUGUAUUUUUAUAGUGAAGAAACACUGCUUCAUUAAUGAAAGCCUCUUUGUGGCCAUGUAAAAGUAAACAGAUUCAAAUCAUUUAAUAAAAAAAAAGUGUGCAA